AGGUCUACCGGUUGGAUGGUCAUCAGCCGGGUACAAACGACGGACUUGUCAGUCGGACUCCGUACUCAGAGAGGUGCGGACACGUGUAGUUGAUUGAAGCACUCCGAUUGCUGUACCGGUGUGCGUGCGGUCGUUUUCGAUCACUGUGAUCUAGGAGUGUUGAAGCUGAUAUUUGGUCAUUGCUUGGAGAGGAAGUGUGAGAUCCAACGAUGACGUCACUGGCGACGAGACCCCUGGUGGCCGCCGCAACCCUGCUGCUAGUCUGGCAGUGUUCGGCCGAAAUCGAGGUGGUGAAGCAAUGGCCCCUGCUGACGUUCGACACGCCGUUCAACUACCCGCGCAACGAGGAAUACACGCCGCAGCGCACCGUCUUCACGGGCUUCGAGGUCGGUUGGGACAAGAUCUAUCUCAGUCUGCCGCGAUUCCAGGCCGGAGCACCUGCUUCCCUCGGCUGGGUGCCCAGGAAGUCCCGGUCUACUGCUGAUCAAUCGCCGCCCAUACAGGCAUACCCCAGCUGGGACUGGCACGUGGAUGCAGCCUCGGGGCGCGCCCGGGAAGAGGGCUACAACUGCACCGGCAUCAUGUCUGUGUUCAGAGUGCGCGCAGACCGCUGCAACAGGCUCUGGGUUUUGGACAGUGGAGUGCUCGACAGUCUGUCUGACUUCUACGUCGCCUGUCCACCAAAACUGCUUAUCUUUGACAUGCGCACUGAUGAACUGAUCAGAAGCAUCACAUUCCCGCAGGAGGUGCUGCGUAGGAACUCGCUGCUGACCAACUUCGUGUUGGACGACCAGAACGACGACGGGGCUGGUGGCUACGGGGGGUGCGACAAUGUGUUCGUAUACAUGGCCGACACGACCAACCCGGCCGUGGUCGUCUACGACUCACGACGCGACUCCGCUUGGCGGCUCAGCCAUCCGCUCAUGUUCCCCGACCCUGAUCACGGCACUUACUCGUUGGGCGGCGAAUCUUUCACGCUGAUGGACGGCAUAAUCGGCCUAGCCCUGUCACCGCCCGGCUCUCCCAACCGCCGUCUCUACUUCCAGCCGUUCGCAUCCGAUCGCCUCUUCUCGCUGCCAACCUCGGCGCUGAAGGCAGGCCCCAACCCGGGUGACGACGCUGACCUCCCGGUCGCCCUGGUCGGCCACAAGAGCUCGCAGGCGGCCGGUCUGGCCGUCGAUCCCCGCGACGGGUCGCUGAUCUUCGCGCCAAUAUCUGAGACGGCGCUCGCCGCGUGGACUCCCGGAUCCGCCAAUCACAGAGUUCUUGCCUACGACCCGGAGAGACUCCAAUUCCUGUUGCACAUCACAUCAGUAGACAGAGACAGUGGCACCAUCUGGGCCAUCUCAACCAAACUGCAGAAAUUUGUCCGACAAUCGGUCAACAAGAACGAGUACAACUUGAGAAUCAUGAGAAUUAUACAGCCACACGACUACGUGAACAACACUCUGCCUCUGUUCAAGAGGAGGAAGUAGAUUCGAUUAAAACAAAUUCCGUAUUAAGUAUGUGACCCAAAAGUUCAAAUUGUCUGCUGGAGAAACUCACUCUUCUGAAUAAUAGAAGGACUCUUCCCAUAAAAAUCGCAGGUUCUCAAAUCAAUUGCAUAUAAAAAAACUGAAGAAAAUUGGAUAUGGGAAUAGAGUUGUCAAUCACGAAUAAAUAACCAUCAAAACUGCAGACAAUGUGCACUUUUGGCUCACUUAGUGGUGAUUUGAAGCGUGCCAUCCCACCUACAGUUGAAUUUGAACUUAAAAAUUCUCAAAACUUUUUCUAUAAGAGGCUACUUUUUUACAAAAGAUUUAUUAUUCACAUUUUUUUUUUAAUUUGAGAAGGAAUACAAUAGUGGUGUAGAACAAAUCAAUAUUAGUUCAAGAUUCAUAUUUUGUUGAAUGAAACUUUACAAGCAUAAUAUUAGGCUACUUUGUCUGAAAUAUCUCUUGAAUAGCCUAAAGAUAAUUUAGUCACAGGUAAAGUAUUACAAACAAGGAUUAAGGAUUCUGUUAUCUAUUGAUACGUCCAAUCAAUCCAGUGGAGCUUAACAUGAUGUUUCUCUAGUCAAAUUACCUUUAAAUCACCGUGAGAAUAAUGGAAUAAUGAUUCGAGAGGAUAAUCUCCAAGAAAUGAUUACUAAAUUCAAGUUCAAAUCAAAUGUACUGUGCAUGGAACGCUUUGAUGUUGAAAAAUCAAAAUCUAAGAGAUGAAUAACAAAACACCUAGUUUAUUAUCAUGCAUUUAUCUUCAAAUUAGUGAUGAGGGAGUCAUAUUAUAUUUAUUGGGAGGAUGGAUAAAACAUAGCUGACAUGAAAAUUGAUGCUCUAAAUUGAAAUUCAGUGACACCCAUUUAGAAAAAGUGGAAAACUAUCUCUGCAGUAUUAGACAUGAAGCUUUUCAUUUUAGUAGACUUACACUCAAUAGUGAAACAGAGGAAAAUCGAAAUGAAAUACAUCAAGUUUGUCUACCUCAUUUCUUCAAGUGGUAUUUCAUUUGGAAUUCACCUUGGAAUUCAUCACCUUGCAAAACAGAAAUUGUUGUAGAACAAUCGGAAGUGAUGUGGUGUGAUUAAUAAUUAAUUAUUCGUUUUUUAUUACUAUCAAUUACAAGGAAUGAUGUGAUGUUUUCCAUAUUUGAGUGUAAAUUCUACAAUCUGAAAAAAAUAAGAAUGCCAUCACCUGUAAGUUAAGUAAUAAUUCUGUAACUAGCCAUAACGUGUCAUAUUAGGAAAUGUAUAUUCUUUAAACAACAGUAGGAUUAUGAAAAGACAGGGAGGUAUAAUGCAGUUCGUCCAUAUAAUUUCUCACUAGAGAAAUCAAUAAAUAGAGCAAAUAUUGGAAUACAUUUGAAUCAGCGAAAAAAUUGUUAUUUGAUGCACAAUUUUAUAUUAUUGACGAACGCAAUUCACCAGAUAAUUAUUACUGGAUUUUUUUAUUUAUGUAUCAAAGCAUACAAAUUCCUUCAGAAAUUCGUUUUGAAAAUUGGAUUGAUAUCACUAAAUUAAUAAUAGGUUCUACUCAUUAUACCAAUCAAAAUGAAUUUAUUUAUAGCAUAAUUUUUGCCCAAAAAUAGCUCAAUAUUCCCAUUUUUACUAGGUACUCGUUAAGGUAUGUAAAUAUUACAUGAUUGUAUCUAUUAUUGCAGAGUACAGGAAAGUAAACGCUUCUAAUGAACAAAAUUCACAUAAAAUCCUUAGUUGUAAAUAGAAUGAGAGAAUGUUAUAUGGAGCCCAAGGAUUGUGGGUUUGAUUGAGGAUGUAUUGUGUAAAUAAGAAAAAAUAAUAAGGAAUGUGUGAUAAAUUAUUGUUUCAUGUAAAAAUUGAAAAUAUCAUAUGAAUGUAUUUUGUACACGUAUGAGAAGCGAAUUCAGACUAUACAUGUGCCUUCUGAACUAGAAGUAAGUGAUAUUAUUAUUUGUAGUUGGAUAAUAAUAAAUUGUAUAAACCAAUUUUUGUGUUAUAAUACUUUUCUAAUAAAUGCAUUUGAAAAAA